GUAGACCCAAUAUCCGUCCACCUGUAACUAGGAUAUGGCUAAUUACCUCGACAACAGUAGAUGGGGGCAUCACAGCCAUGAAUGAUAAUCACGUCAAUGAAACAUGCUUUCAAAAAAUAAAAGGCAUUCCGCUUACUUCUUAUGGAUGCAAUUGAAUCAGACUGUAUCGAACAUGGCACAAUGCAUAGUGAACUCACAAUAAAUAAAGCCAUGGAUCGAAAAACCAGAAAGCAAAGAGUCCAGCGUUAUCUCUCAUACUUUGCUUUUCUUCUUUUUCUUUUUCUUUUUCUUAACCACAAUCCCUCUCUGUUAUUCAAUUUGCUCUUCCUUCGCGUCCUUGUCUGGUGUUCGUGCUCGUGUGUGUGUUCGUUCAUUUCACACACUGAUCUCUUUGUCUCUUGAUCUCUUUCCUUCCCGUCUCUUCAGAUUCCAACCAUGGACACCGUUCUCCAUUACGCAGACGAGUAUGUCUACAACUCUGUCUACUCACAUCUCCCUGCCAUUCCCAUCCCUGAUCUCAUUGCUGCCAGUGCUGCAAUCCCAAAAUGGUCAGACUUGCAUACUCUCCUUACCACAUCGUCCUCUCCCUUUGAAGUUCUCAAAGAUCUGUUCCACACAGUGGUCUCUUCUGCUAUGGCUACAAACAUGACCCUCAAUACACUUCCAGCCGACAAUAUUCUCCGUCAGACUCUCUCGCUUCUCGUUCUCACCUAUCUAGGUGGUCUGUUCAUGUACUUUUGCUUCGCUACUCCCUCCUACUACCUCUUCUUUGAUCAUAACCAUAAGAAACAUCCCAAAUAUCUCAAGAACCAAGUCAAACUCGAAAUCAUCAUGUCAAUGAAGGCUCUUCCUGGGAUCGCGGUCUUAACCACCCCAUGGUUCGUGGGUGAAGUCCGUGGUUGGAGCAAACUCUACGUCCAUAUCCAUGCCAAGGACAGAAUUCUCAGCAAUGCGAUCUAUCACGCCCCAACCUCUGUUAUCCAACAAACUGUCGCUGCUGCUGUUGCUACUGGAACAACCGUCAACGUCACCGCUGCUGCUGCUGCUGCUGCUGCUGCCUCAACCGCAGCCGCUGAAACAGCUGCACGCGCUGCUAAAUUCGGUCCCUUGGCACCUUUGAUUGAACCUUUUUUGGAUGGCUGGGGCUACGUUUUUAUCAGUAUUCUUGCCUUCUUGGCCUUCACUGACUUUGGUAUCUAUUGGAUUCAUCGCUUCUUGCAUCAUCCUCUUAUCUACAAGCGUGUUCACAAGCCUCAUCAUAAAUGGAUUGUUCCUACUCCUUUCUCCUCACAUGCUUUCCACUUUUUGGAUGGAUACUCUCAGUCGGUUCCAUACCAUUUGUUUGUGUACUUGAUGCCUAUGCAAAAGUACAUCUAUCUGGUGUUGUUUGCAGCUGUUAAUUUUUGGUCUGUUUUGAUCCAUGAUGGUGAAUACUUGGUCGACAAUGCUGUCGUCAACUCAGCAGCCCAUCAUGCAGUCCAUCAUCUGUAUUUCAAUUACAACUAUGGUCAGUAUACGACCCUAUGGGAUCGUUUCGGUGGCUCGUUCCGCAAGCCAGAUGCUUCCAUGUAUGAUCCAUCUCUUCGCAUGGACAAGACUGUCUGGAAAAAACAAGCAAAGGAUGUUGACAACUUUGAUGAGAAUGGUAAGCCUACUGAGGCUUCUGACCACACUUUUAAGAUAAACCCCAAGUCAAACGCCACCAAGGCUCUGUAGUUUUAAAAAAGAAAAAAAA